GGGGGCGGCCCGGGGGUCGCGGCCGCCGCCUGUGAGCCGCCCUCUCUCUUUCAGAGGCCGUACGUCUGCCAGCACGAGGGCUGCGGGAAGGGCUUCACCAGGGACUGCCACCGCGCCCGGCACUUCCUCACGCACUCCGGGGAAAGGCCCUUUGCGUGCACAGCUGAGGGAUGCAAUCAGAAGUUUGGAACAAAAUCAAACUUAAAGAGACACAUUCAGCGCAAGCAUGAAAAUCAGCACAAACUGUAUUCGUGCAACUUUGAAGGCUGUGACAAGUCUUUCAGGAAACAUCAACAACUGAAAGUUCACCUGUGUCAGCACACCAAUGAACCACCCUUCAAAUGUGAUCACAAAGGAUGUGGAAAGAAUUUUUCUACUCCAAGUAGGCUAAAGCGGCACAAGAAGAUACAUAAAGGCUAUGCGUGCAAGAAAGAAAACUGCUCAUAUAUUGGAAAAACUUGGACUGAACUUCUGAAACAUAAUAAAGAAAGCCAUACAGAGCCAAUUGUUUGUACAGAGUGUUCUAAAACAUUUAAACGCAAAGAUUACCUCAAGCAGCAUAAAAAAACACAUGCUGCGGAGAGGGAAGUCUGCCGAUGCCCAAGAGAAGGAUGUGACAGAACUUACACAACUCUGUUUAACCUUCAAAGCCAUAUCCUCUCUUUUCAUGAGGAGCUGAAACCAUUCUCUUGUGAUCAUCCAGGCUGUGGAAAAGUAUUUGCAAUGAAGCAGAGCCUAGCAAGGCAUGCAGUUCACCAUGAUCCUGAAAAGAGAAAGCUAAAAGCAAAGCGUUCUCGUCCUAAGAGGAGCUUAGCCUCUCGUCUGAGUGGGUACAUUCCCCCUAAACCACAGCCAGGAAAAGAUGUGGUUGUAACAGAAUGCAAGACAACGGAUCGGCCCAUGGAGAAUGAAAUACCAACUGUUGAAAUUCUGACUCUGCAGUAAAAGUUAACUGCAAAUUUCCUUCAUGGAAUGACCAGAGCAAAGCCCAGCAAAAAAACCUUUAUUUUAUAGUCCUUUUUUUUUUUAAAUAAUAUCGUUUUUACCUCCUUAUAAAGUCUUUAAUGCAA